AUGAGACAUCUUCUCCGACCACAGAGUCAAAUCGGUGUCUUGUUCAGGAUCCUUCCAUGCAGGUCCUCCUUCCUUCAUCUCUCCAAGACCAUUCCUUCUCCGGAUCUCACUCAUGACACUCUCAGGCGUCGGAUCGAGCGCCUCCCAGUCUCGACUGCCUCCGUCACUCCUUUGCUCCGUGAAUGGUGCGACCGCAGAAACCGACCUGCACACGCAGAGCUCAGAAGCAUCAUCACCUCGCUUCACAAAUCCAACCGCUUCUCCCACGCCCUCCAGAUUUCCGAGUGGAUGAGUGAUGAAAAAGCUUACAAUCUGUCUCCGGCAGAUUUCGAGAUUCGGCUCCUCCUGAUUGCGAAAAUCCGUGGUCUUGAAGAAGCGGACAAGUUCUUGGACACGAUUCCGGUGAAGAAGAGGGAUUUCUACGUGCACAGCGCUCUCUUGAACUGCUGCAACAGCAGCUCCUCCCUGAGCAUUGCCGAGACCACGUUUCAGAGGAUGAAAGAGCUUGGCUUUGCUGCUAACAGCUCUGAUCCUUACAACACCAUGCUCUCUCUCUACCUCGAGGCCGAGGAUCACGAUAUGGUGGUGAAGCUUCUGCGGGAGAUGGACAGGCACAACAUGGUUCCCCAAGGAGUAGCCUUUGCCACGCUCUUGCCUUCCUUCGCUAUUGGAUCCGUCCCUGACUCUGAGGGGAUGCACAUCUUCUUGAACAAGUGGGGGAAGAAGAUUAAACCAUGGGCCACUUGCUUCUACCCGGCAUGCCUCCAGUUGCGAGUAGGAUCUAGGGUCAGAGGUUUGGACUUGCUGCGUAGGACUGAGUAUCUGCUCGACGACGGCAGCAGAGCACGCAUGUAUGGAUUACUCAUGAAACUGUAUUGUAACGAGGGUGAGACUGAAGACGUGUACCGUCUCUGGAACUUGGCUAAGGAGCGCGGCAUAUCCUUUGACAGCUCUACGCGUUCUGAAAUGAUCAAGGCCUUUACGUCCAAGGGCCAUCUCGACAGGGCUCACGAGGUUCUUCAAGAGUUGGAUACCGGGGCUACCGAUCUUGGUCUCCAAAGGAGACACCUCAAGGAGGCGGCGGAGAAGCUUGUGGAUAUGCUUGGGAAGAAGGAGAGCAAGUGGGGGAGUUUGACACACAAGUUGCAGAAGCUGGUGGAGGAUGAGGAUGAUAAAGAAGAGCAGAGGAGGAAGAGAGUGGCGGAGGCCAUGGAGGGGAGGCUCAACAACCGCUGGAACCCAAAGGGCUGCUUGGCUCUCUCCGCUUACGCCUGCGCUCAGUAUGUCGAGGGUCGAAGAGACAUUGAGAGUGCUGCAAAUAUUCUCAGGCUGCUUAGCAAAGAAGAGCAAGUUUCUUAUGUAAUGGACAAACGCAGAUUGAGCCUCAAGAUGGUGGAGGCAAUGAGAGGAGGAGGAUACGUUGGUGGUGGACAAGACUAA